GUUUGUUGUGGUAAAAUCGCAUCAAUCAAAUGUGCUGCGGCAGGGAUGCAAGAUGUUUUUACCACAGCAGACGUCAAAUAGCGUGCUUGCGCUGUCUACAACAACAUGGAGGAGCAAUAUUGAGAAAGCAACUGCCUGUGAAUUCCCUCGUGCACGCGAAGCAUGUAAUUGUAUUUAUUGUGAAGAGGUUUUCUCGCGCGCGCGCUCGCUGGCCUGCCGUCACAAAUGUUAUAAUGCAUAACAGUCCUAAUGUUUGUCAUAUUGUGCAUGCAGAUGUGUCGUGCAGCUGCAGUCUUUAGCUGUUAAGAGCCCUUGGAAAUAUGAGCCAAACGUCAGAGCCAUCAGCCGAUGCUGCUGUGACUGAAGCUCCAGUUUCUCAAUCAGAACCAAAGCAAAUAACUGCAGGCAAGAAGCAGAACAAAAAGAAAGUGGAAGAAGUGGUGGAGGAAGAAGAAGAAGAAUAUGUGGUGGAAAAAGUCCUCGAUCGGCGCGUGGUGAAGGGAAAAGUUGAAUAUCUCCUCAAGUGGAAAGGCUUCUCUGAUGAGGACAACACCUGGGAGCCAGAUGAAAACCUGGACUGUCCUGACCUUAUAGCCGAAUUCCUCCAGUCACAGAAAACGGCUGAAUCUGGAGGCAAGAGGAGGGCUGAGACGGAUGGAGACGGGAAGGAAACUAAAAAGCGCAAGGACGAGCCUGAGAAACUCAGAGGUUUUGCACGUGGUUUGGAUCCUGAGAGGAUUAUUGGUGCUACAGACUCAAGUGGAGAACUCAUGUUCCUCAUGAAAUGGAAAAACUCUGAUGAAGCUGAUCUAGUACCAGCCAAGGAGGCGAAUGUAAAAUGUCCACAAGUGGUCAUCUCGUUUUAUGAGGAACGCCUCACCUGGCAUUCAUACCCAACCGAAGAGGAAGAAAAAAAGGACGACAAAAACUAGACAAAAAAAAAAAAAGACAUAAGGGACUGUCAUGCGUGUGUGUGUGUGUGUGUCUUUUUUUUUUUUUAAAGAGCUGGCAAAUGAUAAUUGUCAGGAACACCUUUGUAAAAAGCAGCUGUAAUCUACAUUUUAGUGUUUUAGUUUGGGUGUAGAUGAAGCGGAUAGUGACUUUGCACCUUUAAUGUACUCUUCAUGCUUUCUAUUGAUCAACUUUCGAUUCAUGAAGUUCAUACAUGUGGAAAAACAAGUGUUCUUUGUAUGUUCCCUACCCUGUGGAGAUCAUACUGGGUUGGUUUCAUUUAAUGCUGUAGCUGUCUCUGGAAAUGUAUUCCGCCAUCCUUAAUUUUACGUAUGUAUAUAUAUAAAUAUAUAGCUAACGAUAAAAUAUUACUGCCUUAACAGAUUAUUAGGAAAAUGACAAUUUUAUACAUCUGUCAAUGCUGGUGAUCACUGAAUGCAUGACUGUAUAAUGUUGUCCACGGGAAAUAGGUUUAAGGCAUUGUUUAUCUGGCUUUGAUAUGAUUGUUUGUUCGUUUUUAAUGAAAGACAUGGCAGCAACAGUGUUUAUUUGCCCACAAACUCUCUCUCACGUGUUUCUGGUCUUCUCAUUGGUGCUAUUUGUGGUUGAAGCCCAUUGGAUAUUAACAGUCUGACAUUUGUGUUUGUAAAUACGUUCCAGCACAUGGAUAUCACUGUGUACAGUCGGCCGAGAUUUGGUUUUUACUUGUUCCUAUACUGUUUUAUUGCUGAUACACGAGGAAAAAAGUGGAAGAAUUGUAAAGUUCGUCUUUCCGAAGACAUCUGGAGUAUGUUUUUAUGUUUUGAUGAUUGUUUGCUUAGUUAUUCAUGUUGUUAUUGCGUAUUAUCACAGCACUUGCCAUUGAAUUAGCAUUUUCAGAAAUAAAAAAAAAAUCUUUGUUGUUAUUCUGUCAGAA